GCCGACGGUUGAGGCGAGGGCGGCGCGGAGGCCUCUGGGAGUUUGGGCUUCUGGGCCCCGCCUGAGGCAAAGCCCGGCCUGAGGGGAGGACCGGCCUGAGGGAAGCAGCGGCCAGAGGGAAGCCCCGGCCUGAGGGAAGGACCGGCCUGAGGGAGCCCCGCCUGAGGACCUCGGGAAGAAUGGAGGAAGGACUGAAGUUCACAACUGUGGAAGAUGCUGUGCAGUAUCAACUGUUUCUGAUAAGCUCUGAAUCAGAUGACCAAGAAAAAUGCACAGGCGUUCUUCAGCAGUAUAUCGAGAAGAUAAUGACCCAGUUUGCCCCUCUAUUGGUCUCCUAUAUCUGGCAAAAUCAACCUUUUAAUCUCAAAUGCCAACCAGGAAAAGAUGAUGUUCCUGCACAUAUUGCCGGUGUGACUAAGUUUGGAGAUAACAUUGAGGAUGAGUGGUUUAUAGUUUACCUCAUACAGCAAAUUACAAAACAGUUUCCCGAGUUAGUAGCAAGGAUUGACGAUAAUGAUGGUGAAUUUCUGCUAAUAGAAGCAGCCGACUUUCUCCCCAAGUGGUUGAAUCCUGAAAAUAGCGCCAACCGGGUGUUUCUUCACCGUGGGGAACUCUGCAUCAUUCCAGUUCCACAGCACCCUGGAGAGGUAUCCUGGCUACCUGCCUCCAAUCCAACAGUCACCCAAGCUCUGCAGCUAAUCUCCACCCACUCGGAGAAGAUCCUGGCAGCCAAAUCUAUACAGGUGGCGAUAAACAAGCGCAUCAGAGGGUACCCCGAAAAAGUCCAAGACUUCCUUCAUCGAGCCCACUGCUACCUCCCGGCCGGCAUCGUGGCCGUGCUGAAACAGCGUCCUGGGCUGCUGGCAGCUGCCGUGCAGGCCUUUUACCUACGAGACCCGAUCGACUUACGAGCCUGCCGCACCUUCAAGACGUUCUUGCCAGAGACGCGCGUAAUGACUUCGGUCACGUUCACAAAGUGUUUAUAUGCACAGUUGAUUCAGCAAACGUUCAUGCCAGAUCGGCGUAGUGGAUACACUCUCCCGCCCCGCUCUCACCCCCAGUACCGAGCACAUGAAUUGGGCAUGAAAUUGGCUCACGGCUUUGAAAUCUUGUGCUCCAAAAGCAGCUCGUCCUCCUCUGGCCCCAGAGGGCCUUGGGCGAACACCCCACUCUGGGCAGGCUUCCUGGACAGUCUCAAAAGGAACGGUUAUUUUAAGGGGGAGAUGGAAGGAUCGGCCAAAUACAUGGAAAGACUCUGUUUGGCGGAAAGCUAUUUCCAGCAGUCUGUGGACAGGCCUGACAGCUCUGUUGCCCUAAGCCCGGGUGAAGAAAUCUUGUCUUUACUGCAGACGGCAUCUUUAAAUGUAGAAGAACUUAAAAGAGAAGAAACUUGUCUCCCUCCAGAGGAUGAUGACCACUGGUUGGAGAUCUCCCCAGAUAUGUUGGAUCAGCUCCUACAUGAAGCAGAGGGUCAGAGAGAACCAGGACCCACUUCCAAAGCAGAGGAACAGAAAUGUGAUUUAAAUGAAGUCACCGAAAGCGUGAAGGCAUUCAUAUCCAAAGUCUCAACCCACGAAGGAGCAGAAAUACCCCGGAGAUCUUCUGAAGAUCAGGUGACCUUUGAUGUGGAUUCUUUCACUAAGGCCCUAGAGAAAUUUUUAGGACCUGGUGCGCAAGAACUGGAUUCUGAUGAUCUGGAUGAAGAGGAUGAUUUUGAGUCCUUGACAAGUGAUGAAGACUUAGAUCCUGAAACUCAGGGUCAUCGAGCAAAACAGUCACCAGGAGAAACUCUGGAAAGUCUGAGGUCAUACAUGGCAGAAAUGGACCGGGAACUGGCAUCCACCAACAUUGGAAAGAGCUUCACUACUCGCGAGAAACUGGCCCGUUCAGCGAGGGGGCAGCUAGCCCAAAACCCGGACAUCGAUUCGGAUGACAGCAGUUCCGGUGUGGAAGAUUCAGGGCUGACGGCUGAGGACAUGGACGCGAACCUCGUUUCCAACAUACUGGAAUCCUAUCAUUCCCAAGCCGGGCUGGCAGGCCCCGCCUCAAACCUCUUACAGAGCAUGGGAGUGCGGCUGCCUGAUAAUGCAGAUCAGGGACCCUCAGAUUAGCCAAUUCGGAGGAUUUGGACAAAGCCAACUGGUGUUGAUUUUUCUCAUACUGUAGCCCGUGUCUCAGUCUUACUUGGGAUUGGGCCUUUGUGUAGACUGCGUGUGCAAAAUAGAUUUUUCUCUGAAAAUUCUGGUGACAGAUCCCAUCUCGGAUUGCAGGAAGGCCCUCAGUGAGAAACCAGUCAUCCUCCCUGUGGUGUCCCCACCGAGCAAAGGAUGAAUUGGAGUUAAGAAGACUAUGGAGGCAGCUGAUAUUUUAGAUAUACAGCAACUGGACUGGGAUUCUUCUGAUGAGAAGGAACAGUGCAGACUCUUGUUGACCUAUUUCCCGUGUUGAUUGAAUCUGGGAUCCAGGUACCCCCAUAUUCAAGCCAGUUGGGGAUAUAAAGAAAGAUUUCCGUCUGUUGCCGUGAAAGAAUGUGGAUGGGUUAUUUUCUGCCUUCAGUAGUGUUUUGUUUUUUUUAGAAAGAUUCGUUCAUUUAUUUCAGUCUUUGAAAGCCUGAUUGGAAUUUUUCUUGGUUCUUUGUUUGGACUUGGUUGCACAAAAGAUUUGGAUGUUUGCAAGACGGGGAGCCGGUUUCAUCACAGCAGAUGAGCCGUUUUUUCAAAACCAAAAUAUUUCAUAGCUAGCUGCAAAUGGCUAUGCAUUAGCCUUUGUUUAAAAAAGCGUUUGAAUCUGGUUUAUACUCAUUUAAUCUGGUUGGGCACUAAUUUACUAAAAAAACUGCUUUUUUUUUUUUAUAGCGUUUUGUACUUUUCCAUCGGCUUUUGUCAUUUUUAUUUUACACUUCCACCUUUGGUCUAAUUGAAAUCAAGGCUAAUGAAACUUUUUGGAAAAGUUGAAGUGAAGAAGAAAUUCCAAAUUGGAAAUAAAUCUUCUGAGAAAUAUAAAAUUAAUUUUAGAAAAGAAAA